AUGGUAUUUCGGAUUUGGUGCAAGAUGGGAGCAAUGAAAGAAACUCAACCUUCUCUUUUGGCUAGCUUUUCAGAGGAAGGAGAAAAGGAUAAAUUCUUGCCCUCCCCUUUUAACUUUUUAAUUUUUUUUUAUUCUACUCUAUUUUUCUUCUUGCUGCAACAUGUUCUUCCUCACACCGAAUCCAACUUCCUCACACCGAAUCCAAGGGAGCUUUCUGAGCUUAGAGAGAGGGAGGAGCGCUGUCGCCAUGGUCAAAUUUUUGAAGCCAAACAAGGACGUGAUCCUCCUUCAGGGUCCCUAUGGAGGUCGCAAGGGUCGUGUUCCUCCUUUAGGAUCCUCUGCCACGCUCUACACUCUCGACAUCGAUCUCGAGGUCGUCACCCGGACUUGCUCACCAGCAAGGAAAAGAAAGUCACCGCCUUGAAGGAGACCAAGAAGAGGUUUGAGGAGAGGUUCAAGAUCGGAAAGAACAGUGGUCUGAAUGUGGAUUUGACCGGAAGGAGGUCUGAGGUGACCUUGCAGUUGAGGAUAGAGAUUCCGGUGUUUUGGUUGGGGUCCUCGUGGCCAUCGAAGAUUUCAGUUUUCGAAUCAAUUUUACAUUCGGAGGUCAAUUUCUCCAUCAAUUUUACAUUUGGUUCGGCUUUGGUUCCCAAUUUCUUCGAUUUCUCAAAAAUAGGGGCGUUUCAUUGCUCUAAUUCGUCCGAUUCUGCUCCAAAUCUUCAUAAAGCUUGGGUUUUUCAGCUACAAUUCAGCUUCUUCUUCAAUCGCCUCGAACUCAAGCAGGUGAAGCAGCAAAGCAUAGACGUCCUCAAGGCUUAUGAAGAUUUCUAGGUUCGAUUUCGGCUUUCGACUGUUCGAUUUCAGAUUCUUCAAGCUUGGUCAGUUGCUGCCUUGCGCCCUUGGUUCGAUUUCUAGGUUCGACUUUCUUCAAGCUUGGUUCGAAUUGCAUAUGUUUUGCCUUGUAUAUGAGAUGAAAAUUGUAUAUGAAAUUUGUUUUGCCUUUGUCUUCUUUUCUGCAAAGUGUGUUAAUUUGCAUCUAUUUUGCAGAGUGUGUUAAUUUGCAUAUGUUUUGCAGAGUGUGUUAAUUUGUUCAGUCUUGUCUUGUUAUUA